CAUUGAGAAGGACAUCAGUAGGACAUAUAAAGCUGCAGCACGUUGUCUGUUCUGUUCAUCAGGUCAAACACUGACAGCAGCUCUCAGUCAGGUGCAGUCAUGCUCCGUGGUGUCAGACAACUCCAGCUCAUCGCGCUCCUCCUGCUGCUGCUGAGCGGGAGCAGCCCAGCUGUGAACAACGACGCCACCGAGUCUGUCAGUCCGCAGCCUGCGCACGACACCAGGGACGAACAGACCGAAGAAGACGCGAACCAGGCGAGGAACGGUGGGCGGCGGCAGACGGAGGCUGUGCGCAACGGCCCAGACCAGAACCAGGUAGGCUGCAGAGAGCUGAGGUCCACAAAAUACAUCUCUGAUGGUCAAUGUACCAGUGUCAACCCCAUCAAAGAGCUGGUGUGUGCUGGGGAAUGUCUGCCUGCACAUCUGCUGCCCAACUGGAUUGGUGGCGGUGGCUACACUGGGAGGUACUGGAGCCGCCGCGACGCCCAGGAGUGGCGCUGUGUUAUUGACCGGACCAGGACCCAAAGGAUCCGACUACAGUGCCAGGAUGGAAGCUCCAGGACCUACAGGAUAACUGUGGUUACUUCAUGCAAGUGCAAGCGUUAUACGAGACAGCAGAAUGACUCCGGACACAAGGACACAACGGCCCACAAACAGAGGAAAAACCAGAAGAAAGCUGGAGUCUCCGAGGAGGGAGCAGAGAGGCCAUCUGAAAACUGAAACCUUGUCGCCUUGCAGUUACAGUGUAAAUCUCUAUAGAGUCACUGCUUUUCACUGUUAAAGUAAUGGGUGAAUUCUAAGUGUGCAAAUAAUAACCAAAUAUUUAUAAGUGCCAGGGCAGAUAGAGGUAAAGGCAACUAGUGUAGGUUUGUGCUCAGUCUUAGAUUAAUAUGAUGUUUCCAGAUUAUUUUGUAGCCUUAACACAGAUCAUUUUGAGAUGUUUUAAAGAAAUGUGCUUUUUUCAUACAGACAUGUUUCAUAUUUCACUGUAUUGACCUGGGUUCAGUUGGUGGUUAGCUUAGUUGGCUGGAUGGUAACAAACACUAUGAUGAGAAACUGUACACAGUCGCUGCAUGUGAAGUAUCCUGACUCACUCAGACCGAAACCAGGCACUUUGUUACAAAGAGAGUGCCAGUGAUGUUAAUUCAAAGUGCCUGACUCUGUUCUAAGCUAGGGACAUCAGCUUUACAAACACUGAUCAUACAGCCAAACCAGAGCAAAUGCCCACUGUUUGUUUUCAGGAGCACUUCUGUGGAAGGUGGACUUUCACGUGUGUGCACAAACGAGUGCCCCAACGCUUAGGGGCAGACUGGAGACACGAGAGAAGUUUGUGUGUCCAGGAUGCCAGGAUUGUGUAGGACGGCAGGUUAAUACAACCGUUGUCAUCUCGAAAAAACAAGGAUCAAACUCCAUGACAUCAUCCAGUAGUUCACAAACUCUGGAUCACAGCUUAAUCAUAAUGUAGCAGCAUGUGUAAAGGUUUUAAAUGUGAACUAGACUCCUAUUAUAACCCAUAGUGUGAAUUUACAACAUAUAGGUUUGGGUUUUGAGGGGUUUGUAAUUUAUUUUUGUACCAGGACAGUUGAAGCUCUUUUUAUAUGUAUAUAUAUUUUUUUCACUCUGAAAUAAACUAAAAAAAAAGUUUACAAGAUGGUGUUGAUUCUAAUGCUGCAAGUAUGACAAACAGACUCACUGCAAACAGGAACUGUCUAACAACAGCAGCAUUAGUCAGUGAUGAAGCUCUUCUUCUUCACUGUACUUUGUUUUAUUGUGAAGGGGAUAUCUUUAGCUCCAGGCUAUUGGGGCUUAUUCAAGCUGCGGCAACAUGUGAGGAUGUUUUUGUCCCAUGUAUCCUUCUUCCCACUGAACACUGGGCUGAAGCCAGCAGUGAAUUGAAUUACUAGUACUGGAUGACAACAGGAUGUUUAACUUGUGUUACCUGCACUGGAAAAGGAUUGAUGUCCCUUUGUCAACAAUAUCCUGUAGGUCGAGUAAGUGGCCACCACAACACGGUUCGGGUCCAGGAAUGGUUGUUACAUUCAUGUACUGCGUUACAGUAUUUCGCAUUUAACACAAAAAACUCUGGUUACUGUGCAGUAUCAUCAGUUAAAUAUUUUUUAAUCAUAAAAACUUGUACCUUUCAAAAUAAAAUUCAAAUUAGUAGAUACAUAAUACUGCAGGCUUUUUGAUUUAGACCACCUUUACAAGUGGCAAUAUUAACACACUGAGCACAAAGUUUAAGGAAAAACAAAAAACAGCUCUGGACUAAUUGAUGUCCUUAGCUGGACUACAUAAAGCUUUGCAAGAGAUGCCAAACAAAAAAGCCCCAGGGCCAGAUGGCUUCCCAGCUGGAUUCUAUAGGAAAUUCUGGCCCUUGCUUGCGCCCAGCUUCUACAAAAUGAUAGCUGAAGUUAAACAGCAAGGAUCAUUACCCACAAAUAUCAAACAUGAAUUCAGCUUUUACAAGCCUGCUCCAAAGGUCAGGAAAAGACCCUACACUUCCAUUAAGUUACAGACCAAUUUCAUUAAUAAAUGUACAUUGAAAAAUAAUCUGUAAAACACUUGCUAGAAAUUUUGAAAAAAUGACUCCAUAUAUAAUUCACUGUGACCAAAGAGGCUUUAUUAAAGGCAGACAGUGAACAAACAAUAUGACCAGAUUAAUCAACUUAAUUGAUUAUGUCACCAUCCAUAAACUAGAGUCAGCCAUCGUCUCCUUAGAUGCAGAAAAAGCUUUCGACAGAGUAAACUGGAAGCUUUUUUUAGCCACUCUGCAUAAAUUCAUACAGCUCAGCAAACGCCGCAGUCAGAACAAAUCUCACCAAGGUCUACUCUUUAUUCUGCUACUUCCAGUUCACUCCCUGCACUCUUAAUUUCUGUCUAGCUUUAUGUCUGGUCCUGUGAUUCAUCCACCUGCAUCUAGUCAGUAAUCAAUUUGUGUAACUUGUGUACCGACCCCUGCUCAUCUGACAACGAUGAUUUCAUUAAAACCUCAUAAAACAGA